CUAACAAAGCAACUGACAAAGACACCUUUGUAUAGCGUCACUCAAAAUGGAUUAGAUAAGGCCGUUGCAGGCAUAUUACAGGAGCGACUCUAUCCAGACUUGUUAAUUAUUCUUCCUGAUCCAGCGAAUAUUUUCCAAUGAAAUAUUACUUAAAAUGCCAUGGCUGACGUAAAAGGCAAUUUGCAAUUGCGUUCGCCAGUGGUGGAUCGCGAUAAUACAAGGCGCGUAAAGAAUGGCAAGAGAAAAUACUCUGCCCUUUUCAGAGCUAUAAGUGCUGGCGCUGCCAUUGUGUGCCUUUUGUUUGCCUGGAAUUGGCUCAACCAACUUUACAACGCAUCGAACCGACUAGAUGAACUGCCAAUUAUGCACCGCAAUCCUUAUAUUCCGCCAAUAAAGCUGCAGCCACUAUCAUCAUCGAAUCUCUCCAAAUUUCAGGACUGUUCGAUCAGAAACCUACUCAGCACGGGACUGCCAUUUCUCAAAACCGCCACGCCUCCCACGAUAGCCGACUAUGAAGAACGCCGAAACCGCAUCGCCGAAGCGCUGGUGGCUGAUAGCGUUGAUGCUUUUGUUGUUGAACCGGGAUAUACGUUUAAAUAUUAUGCAAAUGUCAGCCAGCCCGAAUGGGAAGUAUGGGAGCCCGAAGAACGGCCUUUUCUGAUGAUCAUUCAACCAGUUCAAAAUCCUAAAGAUGGGAAAAUCUCAGCAAAUACCACCUUUUUAUGUCCUACAUUCGAAGCUCCUAGAGCAGAAUUACUAGGCAUGCCAUUUUCUCAGCCCCUGCAGUUUGUCAAAUGGGAAGAACACUGGAAUCCAUAUACGACGCUUUCCGAAUCUGGUAUAUUUCGCAAACCCUAUAUUAAUGGCACAGAGGAAAUCAAAAUCAUGAUUGAGGAAGAAAUGCGCGAUUUUAUUCAGCGCGGGCUUGGAGCGGCAGGAUUCAGAGUCGUUGGUCUUAGAGGCGAAGUGGAAUCUGUACGACAGCGGAAAUCUGCCCGUGAAAUUGAGAUUCUGCGUGCCGUCAAUACAGGAACUGUAGAGGCAGUAAGACAGAUAAGGAAAUGUCUGACACCGGGCCUUACUGAGAGCGAAAUCAUUGAAGUACUCGACAAUUCGCUGAGGGCAAUUGGCCUGAAACCAUUUUUUGAUAUUGUUCUAUUUGAUGAAAAUGCAGCAAAUCCACACGGCGGGACAAACGGAAGCAAAGUCCUCGAACCAGAAACUUUUGUCCUGAUUGACGUAGGCGCACAUUUAUUCGACUAUUCCUCUGACAUUACCCGGACAUUCUUCCCGCCGUUUCUCAGAAAGCCUGCCGAAGGAGAGCAGAUUCCUGCUCACUUGGAAGAGAAGAUCAAUGUAUGGAACAUUGUCCUCGAAGCACAAACACAAUCAAUGCUUCAUCUCUGCCCCAACCAGUCCGCUGCCAGCGUGGACAUUGCCGCACGCAAAGUCAUUGCUGAUGCAGGGUACGGAGAUGCGUUUACACAUCGCGUCGGUCAUGGCAUUGGGAUUAAAGCACACGAAUCGCCCUAUCUCCAUCGGGGGAAUACACAUACCCCACUUCGGUCUGGGAUGACGUUCACGUCCGAGCCCGGAAUCUACCUCGUGGACAAGUUUGGCGUGCGGCAUGAAGACGUUUUUCUCGUUCCUGAGGCGUCUGUAUCCGAGGCGUUCGAGGUCUUCGGGCCGAAAACCCUAAGUAGUUCCAGCACUCUCUACCUCGAAGAACAACAACAAGAAGAAGAAGAGGAUGGUGACGAUGAUGGUAAAGAAGAACGAAAAAGACAAGGAGUAAGACAAGUCAACAAACAAAGACCAAAACAAAGACGGGGGCCAGAGAUUCUGUCGGGACGGAGAGCUACCUCGCCUUGGGACCCUUAGAUUUUACAUUGAUAUGACAUUGAUAGGGUGUGUGUUAGUCUAGUCUGGCUUACUCUUUAUCCUAAAGACCAAUCUCGAGAAUCGAGACCAGGCAUGGGUGGUCUUUUAGAUUAAACCCAUCUAUGCACAAGCCCAGCAU